UUCUUUUUCCGUUUCCGGUUUUAUAAGUGGUCCGCCAGAGUUGGCGGGCAGCAGCCCCUGGGUUACUUUGAGUUAGGGUCGCUGCUUUUGGUGUAGAAGACGGGAACCGCCUGUGUGCCGACAUUUCGGAGAAGUGGUCGGGGUUGCGAACAGUCAAGUGGAAGAGAAGGAGGUGACUUGUACAAAGAAAGACUGACAGUAAGGAUAAAUAUUUGGAUUAUGGCAAGAUGAGCUUCCUGUUGCCCAAGCUAACUAGCAAAAAAGAAGUAGACCAAGCAAUAAAAAGUACUGCAGAGAAGGUAUUGGUUCUCCGAUUUGGGAGAGAUGAGGAUCCAGUCUGUCUGCAGCUAGAUGAUAUUCUUUCUAAGACGUCUUCUGACCUGAGUAAAAUGGCUGCUAUAUAUCUGGUAGAUGUGGACCAAACUCCCGUUUACACGCACUAUUUUGACAUCAGUUAUAUUCCAUCUACUGUGUUCUUCUUCAAUGGGCAGCACAUGAAAGUGGAUUAUGGCGAUAGCACUUCUGGGAGUCUAUUUUACAGGAAUUCUACUAGAAGAGUACAAAGACACAUGAACCGAGAGACCCCCUCCAGCACUGCCUGUGACGUGGAACAGUGAAGUCAGCCUACACACGCAGCCACAAGUGAAUGUUGGUAUGUUUGUGCUGUGGAAAACCACAGUUCUAUUAGAAAACACACAUAUCUAAGGGAAGAACAUUGAAAAAUUCCAUGAUGAUAUGUGAAAAAAGCAAAUUCCAGAAUAAGAUUUAACUUAUUAACUGCCUAUAUUUAACUAAUGUGAAAUGACCAUGCUAAUUAUUUAUUUAUGCACAGAACACAAAAUGUAAGUGUGAACAGUGUAAAUGGUAUUAGCAACUCUGUGUGUCAUUCCCCUCGAUGAUCCUGAGCCCCGGAGGGCUACCUGGGCAUUGUCAGUCUGUCUCCCAGCACUGUGAGCUUCUCGGGGCUCUGAGCGUGGUUUUGAGAAUUAAGAAGAAUGGGUACUCCUUAUACCACAUGGCCCUUGAACGCAAGCCAACUACUUAGUCUGGUCCUCAAGGGAGAAGCAGCAGCGUGCUACAGCUGUGCUGACAGAAUGUCAGUCUCCAACAGAGAACCUUCCAAAGUGUUGCUCUUCCUCAUCCCUUCCCUUUUCUGAGCAGUUAGUCAUAAAGCCAUUGGGUGGCACAGAGAAGGGAGGGGCCUGCCAUGGGCAAAAGAGGAGCAAGUGACUCAGAGAACCAAAGCCCACACAGAGUGAGGAGUGUGUCCACCGCCUGGAGCGGGGCCCUUGGAACGCAGCAUCAGAGCCCCAGUCAAUAAGGAAAGUGACCACACGGAGGGACAGGCCAACACAGAGGUCCGAGCCUAAGUGGUCUGAGGACAAUGUCUGCUGCAGGGAGCAGCCUGGAGCAGGUGUCAGAGCUGCACAAAGUCAGGAGGGUGCCUAUGCAGUGGGGGAUGGUGAGGGUGUCAGGCCCCGAGCAAGGGAAAAGGCACCCACACACUUGCAGGGAGUAGAAACUGGAAGUAAGUUCCAUAUGAGAGGGUGGAUCAAAUAAGAAAACAGAAUACAUAUUAAGGGAGUUGCCAGAGUUUCCAUUGUCAGAGAAGGGAGUUACAAAUAUAGGAAGGGAAGAAACUAGAAUGAAUGUUAGGUUUGGGACCGGAUUUGAAGGUAUCAGUCUGAACUCAUGAUUUUCAACAUAUAGAGAUAUAGAAAUAUAGGUGUAUGUGUCUGUGUGUGUGUACACACAUACAUAUUCCCUAGCUCUGUUCAAUGCAACAGCUUGGGAGCAGCAACCCCUCAGUGGCAAUGUGCACUCCCCAUAUUUUAUGGACAGACCUUCAGGUUAUUUAUGUAAUGUCAUUUGGUAGCGAGCAAUAUAUUCUUUUUAACAAUUGGGCAACUAAGGUAUACAAUGUUAAAUUAUUUCCUGUAGUUCACUUGAUAUAUCCAAAGACAUCUAACUCUCUUCUGCCAGGAAAAGAAAAAAGUAUUGCAUUUCUAGCCCUUUUACCCUCUCCCAAAAAGAAAUCUUAAAAGUAAUUUUAUUUUUUUAAUUUACAUCCAAGUUAGUUAGCAUACAGUGCAACAAUGAUUUCAGUAGAUGCCUCAGUGCCCCUUACCCAUUUAGCCCAUCCCCGCUUUCACACCCUCUGUGAUAACCCUCUGUUUGUUCUCCAUAUUUAAGAGUCUCUUAUGUUUUGUACCCCUCCCUGUUUUUAUAUUAUUUUUGUUUCCCUUAUGUUCAUCUGUCUUGUCUCUUAAAGUCCUCAUAUGAGUGAAGUCAUAUGAUUUUUGUCUUUCUCUGACUAAUUUCACUUAGCAUAAUAUCCUCCAGUUCCAUCCACGUAGUUGCAAAUGGCAGGAUUCCAUUCUUUUUGAUUGCUGAGUAAUACUCCAUUGUAUAUAUAUUUACAUAUACCACAUCUUUAUCCAUUUAUCCAUCGAUGGACAUUUGGGCUCUUUCCAUACUUUGGCUGUUGUGGAUAGUGCUGCUAUAAACCUGGGGGUGCAUGUGUCUCUUCGAAACAGCACACCUGUAUCCCAUGGAUAAAUGCCUAGUAGUACAAUUUCUGGGUCGUAGGGUAGUUCUAUUUUUAAUUUUUUGAGGAACCUCCACACUGUUUUCCAGAGUGGCUGCACCAGUUUGCAUUCCCACCAAUAGGGCAAAAGAGAUCUUCUUCCUCUACAUCCUUGCCAACAUCUGUGGUUGCCUGAGUUGUUGAUGUUAGCCAUUCUGACAGGUGUGAGGUGGUAUCUCAUUGUGGUUUUGAUUUGUAUUUCCCUGAUGAUGAGUAAUGUGAGCAUUUUUUCAUGUGUCUGUCAGCCAUCUGGAUGUCUUUCUUUGGAGAAGUGUCUAUUCAUGUCUUUUGCCCAUUUCUUCACUGGAUUAUUUGUUUUUUGGCUGUUGAGUUUGACAAGUUCUUGAUAGAUUUUGGAUACUAACCCUUUAUCUGAUAUGUCGUUUGCAAAUAUCUUCUCCCAUUCUGUCGGUUGCCUUUUAGUUUUGCUGAUUGUUUCCUUUGCUGUGCAGAAGCUUUAGAUGUUAGUUUCUAAACAUCACUGUCCAAUAGAAGGAACCAGGGUUUCUUGUAGAAAUAGCUGGUUCCUGGGCUGGGACAGGGAUAUUAUCUGAUAAGCCUGGAACAGCUUGUGCCAGAAAGCAAGAAGAUGCUAAAAGAAUAAUGGAAACAUGUAUACAGGACACAAGCCACCUGAAGAGGCAUCCAUUGGCCAAAUAUAAGACAACUGGGCAUCAAAAUAUGAUAAUAGAUUUUGAGCCAUUCAAUAAAACUGAAAAUUAUGAGGCCACAAUAAUAUAAAUGAAUGAAACAAAGGUUUUAUGAGGAACAGUUUAAGUACAUAAUUUCAAAGGACCUCCCUAUAAAGUACUUAUUAAUUACAAAGAAAAAUGAGUAACUUUACGGUGGACAAGUGGUACAGACACACCUUCGAGUGACCCAUGUGAAAUCAGCAGCACUGGGACAAACUGACCCCGUGUGUCACCUGGGAGGACGCAGCGACCCGGCACUGCUGCCGUAUGUUCCUGCCACAGCUGCACCGCCUGACUCCAAUCACACCACCAGACAAACCCAAACGAGGGAAAUUCUAUGCAAUAAUUGGCCUGUCAUCUUCAAAAGUGUCAAGGACUAGCAGGAACUUUUCCAGACAGGAGACUAAAGAGACAUGACAACCAAAUGCAACAUGUCAUUCUAAGCUGGAUACUUUUACAACGAAGGACACGAUUCAGACGGCUGGUGAACCACGAAGCUGGCCUGUGUUCAUUCUCUCUUGUGUGAAACACAGUCCACAAAUUCCAGUGGUUUGAAACACAGUCACUGUCAGCACCAUUCUGCAUCAGGAGUUGAGGCUCAGCUGGGUUCUAGGCUCAGGGUGUCACCAGGCCAAGAUCAAGGUGUUGGACAGAUGGGAUUCUCACCCAGACACUUUGGAAAGAAAUCUGCUUCCAAGCUCAUUCAAGUUGUUGGCAAAAUCCAGCUCUUUGUGGCCAUAGGCCUGACAUCCAUUUCCUUGCUGGCUGUUAGCCAGGGGCCAACACCUUUCUUCUCAUGCCCCCCAAACCAGUCUUCAAAAUGGCAACCACACUUUGAUCCCUUAUGCUUCUUAGAAAGAGAAAACUUGCUUUUAAAGGGGCUCAUGUGAUCAGACUGGACCCACCUGAAUAACCUACCUUCAAGGAGGCUCCUAUGUUAAGCCAUGUAACAUAACAGUCAUGAGAGGGAUAUCUCAUCACAUUGCUGGGCUCCAGAAAUUAGGACAGGGCAUUGGGAAGGGGGAAGGCAUUUUAGAAAUUCUGCCUGCCACACAGCCUGAGGAUGAACCGAUAUGUCAGUACCGAUCUCCUGAUUUUUGACGGUUGUGUUGUGGUUGUGAAGCAGAAUAUACUCGUUUGCGAGAAAUACACACAAAAAUAUUCAGGAUGGAGAAUCAGACCAGCAAAUUUAAAUUUACUCUCAUAUCACUUGGUAUUAAAAAACAGUUCUCCUAAAUUUUUUCUAUGCAUAAGUAUGCAGAUACAUAAAAAGAUACCUAUGGAUUACAUGUGUUUGUAUAUAAUAAAAAGAAAAAUAUCUGGAAACAUCUAGUAAGAUAGAUACAAAAGUUAUCUGUGAUUACCUGUGGGAAAUGGAGUUAUUUAAGAGGGAAGAGAGGUACACAACUUUUAUUUGGGGGUUAUUUUUUUAAAAAGAAAAAAAAGGGGGCGUUUGGGUGGCUCAGUCAGUUAAGCAGCUGACUCUUGAUAAGCACAGAGCCUAUUUGGGAUUCUCUCUCUCUUUCUCUCUCUCUCUCUCUCUCUC